CGAACGAAAGUAUCACUCAAAAGGCGAUCAAAGUCCACUUGAAAAUUAUACGUAAUUAUGCGGAAAUUACAUAUGCAAAAUUAAAUAAAAUAUGCUAAAAAAAGCUUCGAGAGCACAUGUUACUCUUACAGCCGUGAAGGAACAAAAGUGAACUUCAAUAUUGUUAUAAUUGCCACUGUUAUAUCUGUUUUGAAACCGUUAAUCUUAUUGUGAUUUUAUAAUUGUUGUUUUGUCAAUAUCACGGUGCCUUGUUUUCAUAACAUUCAAUUUUUCAUUGUCUUUGAUUUAGUUAACAUUUUUGUGUAAAUAGAAUAAUGUCAAUAAGGUAAAUAAUUCUAUAAAAAGCUCUGGUUCAGAUUUGUCCGAUUAUGAAGACAUUACUGAUACAUAUAAAGUAGAAGAAGACACUACAACUUUGAAAGUUUUAGACAACACCAAGCCUUGCAUUUGCGAUUCAGUUGAGGAAGCUACUCGAUUUCUUCAUAGUUAUGAAAUCAGUAAUUCUGUUAGGUUUGCUGCCCUUUCCACUCCAUAGAGCUUUGAAAGUUCAGUUAUACAUGGAACCCAACAUAAAGUAUUAUGGGAAACAUCUGAAGACUAUGCUACUCCUUAUAUUAUAUUAUCUACAAAAAGAUACAAUUGUCACCAUGGUUUCGAUCGGAACGCUGCUGCAAAAAGGAAGCAUAAUGAAGCAAAAGAAAAUCAGAAAGUGGAUCAUUUAUACAUAACUAAUUAUGUUAUCAUACAAGAUACUAAAAAGUUUAAUUGUCCUGCAAAAGCCAUUAUGAAAGAAGUGGUAUAUUUCACUGACUUCAAGCUUAUUAAUUCCAGUAAUUAUCGUAAGAAGCAACAGUCAAAAGAAAUAAAAUAUUCGUUGCUACAAAAAAAGGAUGUGGUAAUUAGUCGAAAAAUUAUUGUUGAGAUAGACAGCUUAAAUGAUCACAAAAAUCACCCUCUUGGCAAGAUUGAGCUACUCUCACAAAAAAUUGAUCCACGCUUAUGAGUUAAAAUUUCUGAAUACAUUAAAGAUGGUGUUUCUAAUGUGCGUGAGAUGAGAAGACUUUUAAAUAUUACUGUCAAUGAAAUGUUUGGAAAGAAAAAUCUUCCUUCUAGAACCAACAGAAGAUUUUAUCCAAGAACUGACAUAAUUCGUUCGCACAUGGUCAAAGAGCGUCUAAAGCAAAGAUACUCGAACAUCGACCAAGACUGCUUAGAAAUCAAAAUAAAAGAAUGGAAAGAAGCUGACUCAUCUGCCAAUAUCUAUUUUCGACCUAAAGAACGGGGUAACAGUGCUGAGCUCUUGUUUGUAUACCAAGCAUUUUGGCAAAAAAAACUGCUAAAAAAAUAUGGGAAUGAGAUGUUGUUUUUGGAUGCAACAUACAAAACGACACGAUAUUCUUUACCUUUGUUUUUUUUGGUUGUCAAAACAAAUGUGGAUUAUCAAAUUGUAGCAACCUUUGUAAGCGAAAGUGAAACUUUUGAAUCGAUAUCUGAAGCACUUGUUAUCUUAAAGUCUUGGAAUGAAGAUUUGCAACCUCUUUAUUGCAUGACUGAUUAUUGUAAUGCUGAGAUACGUGCUCUCGAAACUAUUUUUAUUGGAUGUAAGGUAUUUAUAUGUGACUUUCACAGAGAACAGUCUUGGGACCGUUGGCUAAAAAAGCUAUCAAGUGGUUGCUCUAACAGAAAAGAUGAUAUUUUAUGUAUUUUAAGGCGACUCGCUUGGUCAAAGUCAAUUGAUGAGGAAGAAAAUGCUCAAAGAAUAUUGGAACAGUCUGAAUUCUGGAGUCAAGAAAGCUUUACUAAGUUUAAACAAUAUAUAGAAAAGUAUUGGCUCCCAAUUAAAAAAAGGUGGGUUUGGUGGUACAGGCAGGAUCGUCUUCUUAUCAAUUGCAAUACAAACAAUGGUGUGGAAAGGCAGAAUAAGUCUUUUAAAUAUACUUAUUUACAGCGACAUAAAAACUCAUCAUUGACUGGAAUGUUAACUUUGCUUAUUGAUGACUUCUUCAUUGAUAAACUUGACAGCUAUACUGAUUCCAACUUUAAAAUGGAUGCACGUUACAGAAGGUAUGCACGUUGGGUGCCAAGUUAUCUUUACAACCGUCCUCAUAGCUUUGUUAAACAUUGCCUAAUAAAAAAAAGUAACGUUGAGAAUCUUGAUUUGUCCGGAGUAAUCAUGAUUAAACAUGGAGUUUUUGCUGUACUAAGUUCUACCAAGCCAGCUACUAAAUAUUUUGUAUCAUUUGGUGAUGAGAUUACAAUGCCAAAAUGUACUUGUUUAAAUUGGAUAUCAACUGCAUAUCCAUGUAAACAUUUUUUUUUAGUAUUUAGAAAGUACCCUGCUUGGUCAUGGAGUGCUUUGUCAUCAUUAUAUCUACGUUCACCAUUCUUAAACUUAGAUGCUGAUGAUUACGAAGCAUCACACGAAAAACCACCAUUUAGUAGGCCGGAAAGUUCAAUUCUACCUAAAAAAGAAUUAGAUGUCAUUAAUGAUUGGAAUGAAAAAUCUAAAAAAAUUACAAGUGUUUGCUCUGGAGUAAAUGUUAGGGAAAUGCUUACAACAAUUCAAAACCUAACAUAUGAAUUUGAGGAAAAUUCAGAAGAAAUUGUUCUUGUUUAUAGCACUCUUGCUUCUCUCAUUAAAAAACUUGAAAAAAAUAGAACUAAAGAAUCAGGAAUUCCGCUUUCUCCAUUGGAUAUCAAGUUGCCUUGUCAUUUAAAAAGGAACAUUCCAAUUCCUGUUCGUAAACCAAUGAAGCUUCCUACUGAUCGCGUAGGUAAUCACAAAGAUAUGGUUAUUGCAUCUUCUAAAAUAUUUCUAGAGGAAAAAAAACACAAAACCGAGCCGAUUGAGGUCGACAUUAUUGAACAUAUUGAUGGAAAUAGUAUAAUUAUUGAUGAUGAGUCAGUUACUAUUAAUGAAAAUGAUGGAUUCGAGAUAAAAAGACUAAACCAUUUAUCACCUAACUGUAAUCUCUCUUCCAAUGAUUUGAACGAUAUUUUAACAAACCAAAUGUUAUCUGACAUUGUAAUCCACACCAUGCAAAAGAUGAUCACAGGUGUAGGCGGUCUCCAAGACCCAGUUCUUGGACAAAAUCUAUCGUUCCGUGUACAAAAAGCAUCUUUUGUCCAGGUGUUGCAUGAUGGCGAUGCCCACUGGUUGGCUAUAAGUAAUUUUGGAUGUUCUGUUGGUGAGGUUUUUCUUUUAGACAGUUUUUUUCGUGGAAAAGUAAAAAACCAUGUGGUUAGGCAAAUUUGUGCUAUUAUGCAUUGCAAUGAAGAUAAAUUAACUGUACGCGUUGUACCGGUGCAACAACAAACAAAUUAUGUUGAUUGUGGUUUGUACGCAUUAGCCUUUAUAAAACAUAUUACCGAUACUAGAUCAAAUCCAAGUUAUGUUGCUUUUGACGCUUUUCAAAUGAGAAAUCAUUUGCUAAAAUGUGUGAAAGGCAAUCAGUUUACUGAGUUUCCAAAGUCCGAAACAGCUAUGCGAUUCUGCAAAGAAAAAGAAUUCAAUUUUUCCUUGUACUGCAUUUGUAGACAAGUCUGGUUAGCUUCGGAUAGUUGUAUUAAAGAUAGACAUAUGGUGCAAUGCGGAAUAUGCGAAAAUUGGUAUCAUCGCGCUUGUGAACGUAUCCCUGAUUAUGUUUUGGAAGACAAAUGUGCAGAUUGGUCAUGUUCAAAAUGCAGCUCUAUGUUAUAAAAUGUUUUUAUUAUUUUAGUUAUUAUUUAGUUUCGUAAAUAUCCUAAUUUAAAAAAUGGUUUGUUAAUAAUACAAACAAAUUAUUAUACUGACUCCAUAUUUGUUGAUGUAUUUUAUUUAUCCUUUUUCUUUGUUCGCGUUGAAACGAAAGUUGAAUAUAAUUCAACAACAACAGUUUAACACUUUAUUAAUUUUUUAUUCGAGUAGAAAGCUUAAAUAAGCUUUGUUAAAAUAUAACCGAAUGCAUAACACUUAGACCUUUGCUUUUCAGAAAUAUAAAAUAAUGUGAAAAAGCGAAAGGUUGUACUUAUUACUUCAUACCUCAAAGAUAUUAUUUAAUAAAUAUUUAUGUAACUAGU